AUGGCCACAUUCGAGAUAUAUCGAAAGUCUUCCAUUGGCGCCUGCUUGAUAGAUGCCUUAGAUGAGAUGGUUCUUAGUGGAACUUUGAGCCCAGAGGUAGCUUAUAAAGUACUAGUGCAAUUUGACAAGUCUAUGAAAGAUGCCUUGGAGACCCGAGUGAAGAGAAUGGUUUCUAUGAAGGGUCAUCUGCAUACCUACAGGUUUUGUGACCAUGUCUGGACGUUCAACUUGCAAGAUGCAGUUUUCAAAAUUGGCAAAACCGAGGAACAGAUCGGAAGGGUGAAGAUUGUAGCUUGUGACUCCAAAUUGCUACCAUAG